CAGAAGAAAUGGACACGGUCCUGCCCAGACGUCCGAGUGUUUCCUUCCAUCAUACGCAGAAUCUUUCUCAGGUUUUUUCUCUCUCUACAAACCACUAUUGAAUUUGCGGUUUCUUCUUCUAAAUCUGCCAAUUGAGGAGUUCCUUUUCGGAGACGCCCAUACGCACGCACACCAGUUGCCCAAUUGAGGAGUUCCUUUUGGAUUUGAUUUUGGAAAAAGUUGGGUGGAAUCGAGCGAGGGGAUGGGUGUGAUGAGCAGCAGGUGUUCCCACACUUCACACAUCACAAGGAUCAUCAUCACCAGCUUCUUCCGCCACAAAAUCUGAGCGCGUUCCUUGUUUUUUUGUGUUCCUUCCUUCGGGUAGGCUCUGUAGAGGAGGAGAUUUGGGGAAUUUAAUUUUGAUUUUGGGAAAUUUUGAGGCCAGCGAAAGAGGAAGAGCGUCUCAAGAUGAACAAGCAGCCAUGAAUAUGGCGGAUUAUUCUCGUUAAUUAGUUUACUGCUCUGAGUUGAACUGAACUGUUCAGAUAUGGCGAAUCGGAGGUCGGUCUACGGCGGCGGCGGCGGCGGCGGCGAUGCUCUGGAUCCAUCUUGGAAAUUUAAAAACUCUUCUCACGAUCAGCCUCUUGAUUCCGUGCUCGCAUCUGCUUCCUCAAUUCCUCUUCUCGGCUCGAGGGCUAUGCUCAGUUUCGGCGGCGCCGGCGGAGUGAACAGCCCCGGAAAAGCUUCAUUAUUCCGGCCAUUCGAUCAAGACGACACUGUGGAUGACUACUUGGAUGAGUAUUUCAAUCAACCUGAGAAAAAGAGGCUUCUUUCGGUCGAUCAAAUCCAGUUUCUCGAGAGGAAUUUCGCAGCCGAGAACAAACUCGAACCGGAGAGGAAGAUCCAGAUUGCAAAGGAGCUCGGAUUGCAGCCUCGGCAGAUCGCCGUGUGGUUCCAAAAUCGCCGGGCACGCUGGAAGUCGAGGCAGCUCGAAACAGACUACGAAGCGUUGCACGCAAGCUACAAAAACAUGAAAGCCGACUACGACAACCUUCUUGCCGAAAACGAGAAACUAAAAGCAGAGGUUCUUCGUCUCAAGCGUGACGGGCUUCCACGAGAUGUAGAGGUCGAAAAGAUUUGCGGCAAAGACCCGUCCCGGGCAAUGCUGGAGUACUUCCCGAACGACGCAAUUUCCGAAGAGGGGGAGUCGAGGGCGGCCUCGGCAAUGGCUUUCAAGAACGAAGAACAAAGCUCGGGAAGAAGCGGCGUGUCUAAAGCAGAGUUCCUUCACAGCACGAUCACCGUGGAGUUUGAGGAAUCGGAUUUAUCGCAGAACGGGGAAGAAGAACUGAACGCUGAAUUACGGCAGAUCGACGUAUACGAUCUUCCGGCGCCAGCGCCGAGGAUCAUGGAAGACGCUCAUUGCCAUACCCCUGCAAGUUCUUUCUACUAUGGAUUCCCAGCGGAUGAUCAUUCCUUUAAUUUCUGGUCCUAUUAAUUAAUAAGCUGUCCUUUAAAUUUUACGUGUUUAUUACUUAAAUUUGGAAGUUGUCUUAAGGUUGCUGUUAGUGUUUGUAGCAAUAAUAAUGAUCUGCCAUCACUUUUGGAAAGUCCUAUGUUUGUGUGUUUGUCCUGUAAUGGUUCCAUUUUGAGGCAUUGAUGGAUGUAUUAAUGUAUAUGUGUAUUUCUCUUAAAUCUUUACUGAAUUUUGUCAGCAAUGUCGUGUUGACAGAUUUGUUCUAAGUUUUUUAUUAUAGUU